GCGCGCUGCCGGGUUGGGUCCGCCCGGCAGCGCAGGCCCGGGCGGCGCGAGGUGGUCGCGCGGCGGCGGUGCGCGGGGACCGGGGGUCGGUGCUGCACCGGCCCUUGCACCGAGAGAGCCGGCCGCCCCGAGGGAGAGGCCCUGCUGCGUCGGCCCUCGCGGAGCAGGGGGAGGAUGAAGCGCUUGCUCUGGAGGAGAUCGGUGGCGGGCCGUGGCGCAGCCCGCAGCACCGGGCCGUGCAGAGGCGCCUCCGGCUCUUCCGCCAGCCGCCCGCAGCCGGGGAAGGCGGAGCGGGAGCGGGAGCCGGACGCGGGGCAGCGGCGCGUGAACCCCCUCAACAUCCAGAUGCUGUCGCGGACGCUGCACGAGCAGAUCUUCCGGGGGGCGGAGGCGCAGCCCUCGGCGGAGGCGGUGCGGCGCAGCGUGGAGCACCUGCGGCAGCACGAGCUGUGGGGCCGGGAGACCUCGGCGCUGCCGGACGUGGAGCUGCGCCUGCCCCGCAUGUACGGCGGCAGCAUCGACGAGCACUUCCGCCUGCUGGCGCAGAAGCAGGGCCUGCCCUACCUGGAGGCCGCGCACGAGCUGCUGCGCCGCCCGCUGCCCCCCCGGCCCCCGCGCUGGGCCUGGCGCCUCGGCUGGACCCGCUACGGCGCCGACGGCCGGGCGGAGGCCGUGGCCUUCCCCGACGAGCGGGCGGUGGUGUUCGACGUGGAGGUGUGCCUGGCCGACGGCCAGUGCCCCACGCUGGCGGUGGCGGCCUCGCCGGAGGCCUGGUACUCGUGGUGCAGCGCGCGGCUGCUGGAGCAGCGCUACUCCUGGUCCAGCCACCUCGGCCUGGCCGACCUCAUCCCGCUGGAGGCCCCCGGCGGCGGGGAGCAGCCCCCGCGCGUCGUCGUCGGCCACAACGUCGCCUUCGAUCGGGCCUUCGUUAGGGAGCAGUACCUCAUCCAGGGCUCCCGCGUGCGGUUCCUGGACACCAUGAGCAUGCACAUGGCCAUCUCGGGGCUGACGGGCUUCCAGCGCAGCCUCUGGAUGGCCGCCAAGCACGGCAAGCGGAAGGGGCUGCAGCAGGUCAAGCAGCACAUGAGGAGGACGCGGGGCAGGAGCGAGGGGCCGGCGAUCGCCUCCUGGGACUGGGUGGACGUCAGCAGCAUCAACAACCUGGCGGACGUGCACGCGCUGUACGUGGGCGGCGAGCCGCUGGAGAAGGAGGCCCGGGAGCUGUUCGUCAAGGGCACCAUGGCCAACAUCAGGAGCAACUUCCAGGAGCUGAUGACGUACUGUGCCCGGGACGUCCAGGCCACCCACGAGGUGUUUCAGGAGCAGCUGCCGCUCUUCUUGGAGAGGUGCCCCCACCCCGUGACGUUUGCCGGGAUGCUGGAGAUGGGGGUGUCCUACCUGCCGGUCAACGGGAACUGGAAGAGGUACCUGGAUGACGCUCAGGGCACCUACGAGGAGCUGCAGAAGGAGAUGAAGAAAUCCCUGAUGAACCUGGCCAACGACGCCUGCCAGCUGCUGCACGAGGACAGGUACAAGGACGACCCCUGGCUCUGGGAUCUCGAGUGGGACACGCAGGAGUUCAAGCAGAAGAAGAAAGCCGUGAAGAAGAAGGACCGGGAGGGGAACACCAGCACUGCUGCUGCGGCGGGCGCCUCCGAGCUGGCGCAGGAGCAGCAGGAGGACCCCGGCCCUCCCAGCGAGGAAGAGGAGGCGCGCGUGCCGGCGAGCCGGGCCAGCCUGGAGCGCCUCAAGGAGACGGUGACGCUGCAGCCCAAGAGGCUGCAGCACCUGCCGGGCCACCCGGGGUGGUACCGUAAGCUGUGCCCGCGGCUGGAGGAGGCGGGCUGGGUGCCGGGGCCCAGCCUCAUCAGCCUGCAGAUGCGGGUGACGCCCAAGCUGAUGCGCCUGGCCUGGGACGGCUUCCCGCUCCACUACUCCGAGAAGCACGGCUGGGGCUACCUGGUGCCGGGCCGGCAGGACAACCUGCCCGGAGACCCCGCGGAGGCCCAGGGCCCGCUCUGCCCGCACCGGGUGAUCGAGAGCCUGUACCGGCAGCACUGCCUGGAGAAGGGCCAGGAGCAGCCGCCGGGGCCCGAGGGCGCCAUGGAGGACGAGCUCCUGAUGAUGGACAGCAGCGCCAUGUGGCAGAAGGUGGAGGAGCUGAGCCACCUGGAGGUGGACAUGGAGGAGAAGACGGGCAGAGCAGACCAAAACCUCAUGCUGGAGGAUGCGGAUGAGCUGGAGGAGGCGAGCAGCCAGCCCUCGUUCCACCACGGCAACGGCCCCUACAACGACGUCAACAUCCCCGGCUGCUGGUUCUUCAAGCUGCCGCACAAGGAUGGAAACGACAACAACGUCGGAAGCCCUUUUGCGAAGGAUUUCUUGCCCCGGAUGGAGGACGGCACCCUCCGGGCUGCAGUCGGACGCACCCACGGGACGAGAGCCCUCGAGAUUAACAAAAUGAUCUCGUUUUGGAGGAAUGCUCACAAGAGAAUCAGUUCCCAGAUGGUGGUGUGGCUGAAGAAGGGGGAGCUGCCUCGCAUGGUGACCAGGCACCCGGACUAUAACGAGGAGGAGGAUUACGGGGCCAUCCUGCCGCAGGUGGUGACGGCGGGCACCAUCACCCGGCGGGCCGUGGAGCCCACCUGGCUGACCGCCAGCAACGCCCGGGCCGAUCGCGUGGGCAGCGAGCUGAAAGCCAUGGUCCAGGUCCCACCAGGCUACUCGCUGGUUGGCGCAGACGUGGAUUCCCAGGAGCUCUGGAUAGCCGCGAUCCUCGGCGAGGCGCACUUCGCCGGCAUGCACGGCUGCACGGCUUUUGGCUGGAUGACGCUGCAAGGGAAAAAGAGCAACGGGACAGACCUGCACAGCAAGACGGCCGCUAUGGUGGGCAUCAGCCGGGAGCACGCCAAAAUCUUCAACUAUGGGCGGAUCUACGGGGCCGGGCAGCCCUUCGCUGAGCGCCUGCUGAUGCAGUUCAACCAUCGGCUGACGCAGCAGCAGGCACGCGAGAAGGCUCAGCAGAUGUACGCCGUCACCAAGGGCGUUCGGAGGUUUCAUCUCUCCGAGGACGGGGAGUGGCUGGUGAGGGAGCUGGAGCUGUCCGUGGACAGGGCAGAAGAUGGUUCGGUGUCGGCCCAGGAUGUUCAGCGGAUCCAGAGAGAGGCCAUGAAAAAGUCUCGAACAAAGAAGAAGUGGGAUGUGGUGCACCACCGAGUGUGGGCUGGAGGGACUGAGUCCGAAAUGUUCAACAAGCUGGAGAGCAUCGCCUUGUCCGCCUCUCCGCAGACGCCGGUGCUGGGCUGUCACAUCAGCAGGGCGCUGGAGCCCGCUGUGGCCAAGGGGGAGUUUCUGACCAGCAGAGUGAACUGGGUGGUGCAAAGCUCAGCCGUUGACUACCUGCACCUCAUGCUGGUGUCCAUGAAAUGGCUCUUCGAGGAGUUUGACAUAAACGGGCGCUUCUGCAUCAGCAUUCACGAUGAAGUGCGCUACUUGGUCCAGACGCAAGAUCGCUACCGGGCAGCCCUAGCCCUGCAGAUCACCAACCUCCUCACACGGUGUAUGUUUGCCUACAAACUGGGCCUCCAGGAUCUGCCCCAGUCAGUGGCUUUUUUUAGUGCAGUGGAUGUUGACCAGUGCUUAAGGAAAGAGGUGACCAUGAACUGCGCAACCCCAUCAAAUCCAACUGGAAUGGAGAAGAGAUACGGCAUCCCUCAAGGGGAAGCGCUGGAUAUAUAUCAGCUAAUUGAAAUAACUAAAGGCUCGCUGGAGAAGAAAUGAUGAAGCUAGAGGGCCAGAAUGAUUAUUGUCCAGAGUGUGGCAGUGCCUGGCUGUGCUUUCAGAAGCAGAUCUUUUGGCAGGGGAUUAUGGUUGAUCCCUUCUUCCAGCAAGAAGAAAGCAGAUGCUCCGGAGGAAGAAUAUUUCAAUAGCAGCACAUUCUAAUGGCAUAGGCACGUUUCAGGGCAGCAGCUAGCUGUAAGAACUGAGACACUAGCCAGUCACUGCUUGUAUGCCCAUGGGCAUGAAGGAAGAAGUCAUAAGUAUUUGUCAAUGGAAACAACAAACCAUCAUCUUUAUAUACACAGUUCUCCAAGACCGAGGUGAGUCUGCUACAAAAUAGGCACUGUGCGAGGAGGAGGCUGCAACCACAGCUUUAUUUUUUUCGUUGUCUCUUCUUUUUGGGUUCCUGGUUCUCAUCUGGUUGUUCUGCUGUGCUGCUCUGAGGAGAGAGAGUACCAGUACAGAGAGUGAAUGUCUUUGUGGGACUACACUGAAAGCUUAUCUAAAACAAGGAACCCAAUGUGCAGAACAGGAUUUAGCUCUUUUUCCUCCUUAACAAGUGGCCUGAAGUAUGGGACUCUCCUCACCCCCUGAAACUUUCCCUAAGGGACCCCUUCAUGCUGGAACUCAAAGCCCAGGUUAUGAUUGGUACAAGAUGGGGACCAUUUUUACAGUGCGGGACUUGGCUUGUUGAAAUAUUGAGGGAAGUAUGGACAGAAGCACCAAUAAAAUUCUGGACAAUCAGUAAAUGAAAAUGGUUUACUUCUUAUCCAGAAUAGGCUGUGCUACCUUCAUCAGCACUCACUACCCUAGGAAAAUGACACCUUGCAGUGUUUGCCUUGCCAGCUGUUUCUCUACAACAUUUAACUCAAAUGCAGAACCACUUGAAUUGGUAUAGGCUCCUUAUGUCACCAUGCUGCAAAGUUCUGAUGACAGCCAGCCAGUAGGUCCUAAGAGGGAUUGGUGACAGAUCGCUCUGCUUGCUUAGGAUGAGACAGUCUGAAGCAAAUGGCAAUAGGGGCUUAAAAGUAGUCUCUCCUCCCUAAGACAAGAGAGAGAGAGAACACUGAUACAUGAACUUAAAACUCACUCAAGGCAGAGGGCUGGAUGGUAGGGGGACCUUAACCAGGCUACCUGUUCAUUUGUUCAUAUGGUCUGAGUGUUAAAGUGAGGACUAAUCCAGGGAAGACCGAACUAUCCUAAUUUUACAUAUACCUAAAGGACUCAAGUACAGCUGGCCCUGAGAGAGGAGGAACACAGCAACAAGAGCAACCAAAUGAGCUCCAACCUGGUCAUUGUCUGGCUCAUUCUCAGCAUCCUCUGUGUUGUGCUCCUGCAGUGCACUCUCCAGCAUGGAUGCAUUGAUACGGAAAUCCCGGGAAGUGCUCAGCUUCAUGUAUUGCAUCAAGUUCACCUGUAGCAACCAAGGUGGGAAGGAUAGAAUAGUACAGCAUUAGCAUCUUAGUGUAGUCUUAUGAACAGCACUAGGACCAAGUUCCUCACAGUAAUGAUGUAGGAUUGCAGAAAAAGGUAGAUGAAAAAGCACCUGUCCCCAUGCAAGCCAGUGGCCCAUUUCUGUUUUCUGAAGAGCAAAGUGAUCACCAGUUACUCUCAUGUGAGAGCACUUCAUUGUGGUACAUUUCUCCUCACCCUGCAGUUUGUCUCAAGAGCAGGGGAAAGUUGGCAUUAGCAGUUUUGGCUUUUGCUCAACCAGAAACCACAACGUGUAAGGUCACAGGCAGAGUACUCCCAUUUACACUGUAACAGCAGCUCAGCAGUGCUGGGCCAAGAGCUGGGGCAAAAGCUGAAAGAGUGGUAAGUUCCUUACACGUUCCUAAUCUGAGCAGCGAUGCACAUUUUUGGAAGGUGGAAAUGUAAUAGCCUUCCACCAUGCCCCAAUACACUGUUGUGCUGAGUUCAGAUAAUGUUACCUUUGAUUUCUUGGAGAGAUGAAUAAGAAAUUUCUCAUAUUGUUCUAUUGCAAAAAUCAGGUUUGGGAUUGGCUUGGUCUCCCGAAGCACCUUAGCCUGAAAUGCAGAAAGGAUGGGGAAAGGUGAGAUUUGGAAAUGAACAUCCUGAAAAUUUCCUUUUACUGUCAUGAACAAGCAUCCCAGCUAUGGUGCUAACGUAGCAUCCGUAUUUAUACUAGCAGGUCAGAUGUGCUAACGUAGCAUCCGUAUUUAUACUAGCAGGUCAGAUUUGCCAAAAAAAAAUGAAUUCCGCACCCACUCCAGUUUAGAAAAGUUUCUUCAGUAGUCUUACUCCACACCAGUCCUGCCCCACCAAGCCAUGCCAGCUUAGUUUGUUACUGUGUUUGACUAAUUCCCACAGUGCCUCUGCAGUGAGGAUGUCCCAUGCAUUCUUUUAUAUUCUUCCUUCAGGCCACAGCCCUGAUGUGCCUGAGAGCAAUCACAGCAAACUUUCUCUGCUUUGCUUAUGCUUUCCAGGCAGUGAGCACACAGCUAUAUUUCACCACAUUUCUGUCCAGUUUAUUUAACACCAUUGAUGUUCAUUCUCCAUGCUGACAGGGGAGUGGCAAAAGGAUAGGUAGCAUUUCAUAACAUUUCCAUUUGGGAAACAGCUAGAAAGAUCAGGCUUGGGGAUUUUAAACUCUAACAUCACAAGAAUGUCUGAGCCAACUGAUGAGACACAGGAAACGCCAGCUGGGAGCACAAACUUCUGAAGGAUGCAAAGGGCCAGGAACCUGCCAACCCACUCACUUGCUCCCAACUACCUCACCCAGUCUCAACAGCCACAACUGCCUUAUUUUAGUCGAAUCCAGUAUUUUACCUUAAAUGUACUGAUACAAAUUAAGAAAUGCUUAAACAGCAUGCAAUAUUGUUUCCAAUAAAUUAGUCUAUUUCUGUAAUUUUGUAGCUUAUCCAAAAUAAUAAAAUAACAGACAAGAUAAAUGA